UUCCCCAGUAUAUUUCCGACUCCGAGUCUAAACACAACAAAUCGAAUAUAAUUCUCUCGAAAAAAACACAGCAGAAAAGCAGCAAAGCGCCGUAAAAUGUCCGCCGAGGUGGAGGAGAUGCUGAAGCGCUUCCAGGCCCUGAAGAACGUGGUGGGCAUCAUAGUGAUCGACAACGACGGCAUACCCAUCAAGACCACGCUGGACAACACCCUGUCCGUGCACUAUGCGGCCACGAUGCAGACCCUCCGGGAGAAGGCCCGCCAGGUGGUCCUCGAUCUGGACGGCACCAACGAGUUCACGGCCCUGCGGAUGCGCACCCUCUACCACGAGGUGAUGCUCUGCCCCAAGGACGACUACUUUAUCGUCGUCAUACAGAAGCCUUGCGAAUAGCAAGCCAAAAAUAGCA